AUGGGGCGAAACUACUCAGCGCGAACAAGUAUUCGGCGCGAAACCACCUGUCACCGUUCAGACGGUAAAGCCUACUUUCAAUUUUGUGAAAUCAUGCUCACGGUAACAAGAAGAAGGUUAUUUCAAUGCGUACAAAUCUACCAAAAUUCAUCCAGACGCGUACAUGUGGACUUAAAGGAAACACUGAAAUCAGCUUUGAGCAAUUACGCGGAAUUGAAAUUGACUCCACUUCGAAUUUCAAAUUGUAAGUUAGGAAGUAGUUUUUCCAAAACAUUUCUGGAUUAUGAAGUAUUCACGAACCCCGAUGACGAUGCCCUUUAUCAUGUAAAAUUCUCCAGUGUUUUCAAGAAAGGGUUUGACUGUUUAAACAAAUAUACAGAGAGCAAUGUGGGUUUCUUUGAUACUUUCCGUUUAAAUGGGGUUCCAGACGAUGAAAGAGAUCAUUUUCGUGCUUUAGCUGCGCUGAGGAUGUUUCUGUACGAAAUGGAAUUCCAUGAGAAAUGUUUGAAAAACCCAAAGAGAAGUGCAUUUAAUGGCAAAAAGAAAGGAGAAACAGCAGCACUGUUGACCAACCAUUUAUUGUCACGCUUAGUUUAUGGAAAUAAAUACCUUAUCAGCAACAACUACCAAAAUCAGCCAUCACAGUGUCCAUGUUUAAAUCCAAAUCUAUGUUUGGAAUAUAUUUCAUAUGGCCAUACAGGUUUAGGUUUUGAAGAGCUUUGGUACGGACACCCAGAUAUAGUUUUAAUUCCUGAUGAGCUGCCAGAUUAUAUACCCAUCUCAUUUUUUGAAGAAUUCCCAAAUGAUGAGCUUGAUGAUGAAAACACAGACCAAGAAAGAGAUGGUUUGCAGAGAAAUGAAAAAUCAACAGAAAAAUGUGAAAUUAAAUCAAAAAACACACAUUUUGACAAAUGGACAGAACAAAUUCUUAGCCAAGCAAUCACCUUUGCUUUUUAUCAAGGAAACGUUGUGAACAGUAAUGGUAUUUCACCAGUUUCGGCUUUAAUUCCAUCUCUAGUACUGACCCCUGCUCAUUAUUACAUAGUUAUGUAUGAUUAUGUUAAUGACAUUUUACUGAGUAGUAGUCUUCAAAGGUGUUCAUUGUGGGAUGAGAGUUAUAUGAGGUUAAAUUUGUCUGCAGUCCUUCAAAUGUGGAUGGUACUCAAUCAUUUGGACUUCGUUCCUGCUCUUAGCCCAAAAGAAGAACAUAUUUUAGAGGGAAGCUGUAAUUUUCACAACAUAUUACAAAAUAUGCAUCUUUUUGAGAAAACAAAAAAUAUUUGUCAUAAAUCAACUUUCAGAGCUCCACACAAAUGCGGAAAACUUAACAAGGAAAUAAGUAUUGAUUUGGAUGAGUGUUGAGAAGGUGAGAAGAAGUAACAGGGGAAAAGAAAGAGAUUUGAUAAAUUUUUUUUGGUCACCAUAUAU